UCGUGGAGCCGCCGCGCGCCCGUCGCCACGCGAGCCGUCCGCGAGCGGCUGCUCCACAGCCGCCGACCCGCCUUGACGCUCGGAGUUGGGCCGCGUGUCCGCAGUGUGAGUGGCCGCCUGUGACGGGAGGGGCCCGGUCGGAGUGCGUCGGGUGGCGGAGCGACCCAGUGUGAUCGGGAUCAGUCGUGGCGGCGUCCGCGCCUGACCCAGAGCCCGGUGCGCCCGCCGGUGACCGUUAGCGGCAGCGCGCGCGGUCCGCGCGGCGCCGCGCGCCAAACCGCCGCGAAUCGGCGCCGACGGCCAGUGACGGAUCGUGCGCGGGCGGGGACUCCGCCGCCGUCUCCACCGCCGCAGUCUCUGUGCGAGGGGCCACGCCAGCCGCUCCGUGCCCGGGAGAGAGAGCGAGAGCGCGCGCGCACGCGAGCGGGCCCAGCGACCGCCGUCGGAGGAGCCGGUCGUGAGCAGACAGGUGUCGAGAGCGGCCGUCGCCGCCACUGUCGCCGGGCUGUCAGCCGACGCGUGACCCCACGGCUGACCCCGAGUGGUGAGAGGCGCUGCUUUGUUGUGACCGCUGCCCGCCCGCCCGUCAGUGGCCCACAAACCGCCGCGGCGGAGCUGCAGACUGGGAACGCGAGGAUGCAGUGGCGGAGGCUCUGAGGCCAUCAUUGCUCCGCGGCAGCGGUUCACGGGCGAGUCAUGACCUCGACGGAGCUGCGCCGCCCGGUGUACGGCGCCGGCGCCGGCGGCCGCAUACGCGACUUCUCCAGCAUCAAGUCGGCGUUCGAGGGCUCCUCCAAGACGGUGAGCCGCGGCGAGGAAUGGCGCGCCACGGCCACCUCCACGAGCUCCAGCAGCAGCAGCGGCAGCGGCGGCUCGCGCAAGGUGACGGAGAUGGCGACGCUGUUCCAGCGGAGCGGCGGCCAGACGGCGGACAGCUCGCCGCGCCGGCGCGACAGGAGCCUGGAGCGCGACGCUCCGCUCGUCCGCUCCGAGAGCCACCUGGCGCGCUUCCACAGCGCGCGCGCCAUGUUCGAGAGCAUGGCCGAGCGGCCGGUGGAGCGACGCCAGAGCGCCAAGGAGCGUUCGCGGCCGACGUCGCUGUGCGGCGGCCGCGACCGGACGGCCAACGGCGGCUGCAAGGAGCGCGAGCGCGCGAGCGACGGCCUCUCGCCAGACUCCGAGACGGACGGCGUGGCGCUGCUGCGCGACCCGCUAACCAAGAGCGGAUGCGGCGCCGGCGGCCGGUGA